GGUUAGAGAGACAGAGAGAGAGAGGGAGAGAAAGAAAGAGAAGGGAGUGAAAGUUUCCUGGAAGGGGGCAAAGCCCGUUUGGUUUUCUCGGAGGCGGACGGGACGAGGCAGAGUCAGGCUGAUGAGUGUGGCUCCAGCCCUCCGGCCGCCCAGUCCUUCCCCGGGAGCGCAGCGGCUGUGCAGUCUGGGCAUCCCCUUCCACAUCCAGAUCGGCCUGAGCAGAGAGCCCGUCAUCCUCGACUCCAGCGACUUCUCCCUCUCACAUGUGCGGGAAAUGGCGUGCUCCAUCGUGGACCAAAAGUUCCCUGAAUGUGGUUUCUAUGGGAUGUAUGACAAAAUUCUCUUAUUCCGCCACGACCCUGCUUCGGAAAACAUCUUACAACUUGUGAAGUCGGCCACUGAAAUCCAAGAGGGAGACCUGAUUGAAGUUGUUCUGUCAGCUGCUGCCACAUUUGAAGAUUUCCAGAUUCGACCACACACCUUGUUUGUCCAUUCCUACCGAGCCCCUGCAUUCUGUGAUCAUUGCGGAGAGAUGCUUUGGGGAUUAGUACGGCAGGGUCUCAAAUGUGAAGGAUGUGGCUUCAACUACCACAAGAGAUGUGCUUUCAAAAUCCCAAACAACUGCAGUGGUGUGCGGAAAAGACGCCUUUCAAAUGUUUCCCUGACGGGGUUAAGCACCUCACGAUCUGUGUCGAAUGAUCCAUCAUCAAGCCCCUCAGAUGAAGUGUUGCUACUGUCUCCUUUUGGCUCCAACCCUGAGCAGAAGACACCGUCCGAGUCCUACAUUGGAAGAGAGAAACGGUCCAACUCACAAUCGUACAUUGGUCGGCCCAUUCAACUGGAUAAGAUUUUACUUUCCAAGGUUAAAGUGCCUCACACAUUUGUAAUUCAUUCCUACACUCGUCCCACUGUUUGCCAGUACUGUAAGAAGCUUCUGAAAGGGCUUUUUAGACAGGGUUUGCAGUGCAAAGAUUGUAAAUUCAACUGUCAUAAGCGUUGUGCUCCUAAAGUGCCAAACAACUGUCUUGGUGAAGUGGCUAUCAAUGGAGAUUUGCUUAGUCCUGGUGCUGAGUCUGAUGUGGUCAUGGAAGAAGGAAGCGACGACAACGACAGUGAAAGAAACAGCACUCUUGUUGAUGACAUGGAUGAUUCAAUGACUCAUGACCCAUCAAUCCCAGGGAGUCACAGUGACAAUGGGGACAUGCAGGACCCUGAUCAUGACCAUGAACACGAUGAGGCAAAUCGAAUGAUAAGCCCUUCUGCAAGUAAUAACAUUCCUUUGAUGAGAGUCGUACAGUCUGUUAAACAUACAAAAAGGAGAAGUAGCACUGUACUAAAGGAGGGAUGGAUGGUUCACUUUACGAGCAAAGACACACUGAGAAAAAGGCACUAUUGGAGACUAGACAGCAAGUGCAUUACCCUCUUUCAAAAUGAUACCGGAAGCAAAUAUUACAAGGAAAUUCCACUAUCUGAAAUUUUGUCCAUGGAACCUGCAAAAAACUUUAGUUUACUGCCUACUGGAGCCACCGCUCAUUGCUUUGAAAUUACCACUGCAAGUGUGGUCUAUUUUGUUGGUGAAAAUUUGACAAAUUACUUGAGUAUACCAACAAAUAACAGCGUGUUGUCCAGUGGUACUGGGCUGGAUGUUGCCCGGAUGUGGGAGAUGGCAAUCCAGCAUGCCUUGAUGCCAGUCAUUCCAAAGGGCACAUCGACAGGAUCAGUACACAGUCACCAUAGAGAUGUGUCCAUCAGUAUCUCAGUGUCCAAUUGCCAGAUUGAGGAGAAUGUGGAUAUCAGUACAAUAUAUCAAAUAUUUCCAGAUGAAGUCCUGGGAUCGGGACAGUUCGGAAUAGUCUAUGGAGGCAAACAUCGUAAGACAGGCAGAGACGUAGCCAUCAAAGUAAUUGAUAAACUACGAUUUCCUACAAAGCAAGAGAGCCAACUUCGCAAUGAAGUUGCCAUUUUACAGAACCUGCAUCACCCUGGUGUAGUGAAUUUGGAAUGCAUGUUUGAGACUCCAGAAAGGGUGUUUGUUGUCAUGGAAAAGCUCCAUGGAGACAUGCUGGAGAUGAUCCUGUCGAGUGAGAAAGGACGACUGCCAGAACGGAUAACAAAGUUUCUUAUUACACAGAUUCUGGUUGCUUUGCGACACCUCCACUUUAAGAACAUAGUUCACUGUGACCUGAAACCAGAGAAUGUGUUGCUGGCAUCGGCUGAUCCCUUACCACAGGUUAAACUUUGUGACUUUGGAUUUGCGCGAAUAAUUGGCGAGAAAUCCUUCCGCCGAUCUGUUGUGGGCACACCAGCGUACCUGGCGCCAGAAGUGCUUCGGAACAAAGGUUACAACCGAUCUCUAGACAUGUGGUCUGUUGGGGUUAUUGUCUAUGUUAGUCUCAGUGGCACCUUUCCAUUUAAUGAAGAUGAAGACAUUCACGAUCAAAUUCAGAACGCAGCUUUUAUGUACCCACCAAAUCCCUGGAAGGAGACCUCCCAUGAAGCUAUUGAUCUCAUCAAUAACCUAUUGCAAGUGAAAAUGAGGAAGCGGUACAGCGUGGAUAAGACUCUCAGUCAUCCUUGGUUACAGGACUACCAAGCAUGGCUGGACUUACGGGAGCUCGAGUGUAAAUUUGAAGAACGCUACAUCACUCACGAGAGUGAUGAGUUCCGCUGGGAACAAUUUGCUGGACAGCAUGGGUUGGAGUAUCCAGCUCAUCUGAAGGAUAGAAAUGCUGACUUUAGUGAGAAUGCAGAGGUGGAGGAGGCAGAAAUGAAAGCUCUGAGCGAGCGGGUCAGCAUUCUGUGAAAGGCAGCAAAGUGUCCAGUAUUCCAGGGAAAUUCGAGAACAGUAGUCUUAAACUGUAGUCACAAGUUACAACUUGUGCCAUAACCACAACUUAAGACAGGAGCAUGGUUUCAGCUAAUAAAAAAAAUCCUUGCAAAGCAACGGCCAUUAAAUACGCAGUUUCAACCUCCCAUUACAAUGUGGCCCUAGUUAAAAAGUCCUUGUAUCCUCGAGAUUCAAUUCAUCAACUUCAUUUAUUGCAUUUCAGUGCAUAUAUUUUUGCGUGCAUGUGACAUGGUCUUAUAUAAACUGUGCUCAUAGGAGGCACUGAAUUUACAAUUGUUGGUGAAUAUAUUGUGUUUUUCACAUUCCAUGAUGGUAUCCAGUGUGCCUUUCCUGGCAUACAUUUUGAUGUACUCUGCAACUCAUUUGUAGUUGGAGAGCUACCCAUUUGUACAUUUUUGCUUCAUAAUGUGGUUUGAACUCUUUCAGUAUUUAGCCGUAUGCCAACUCUUGGAAGAGUAUGACAUAGCUGCUGUUCUGUGAACAAUUUCAGCUUGUUUAGAACAAAAGAUUUUUUUAAGUGUAGAUGUAACUUUUGUGAUAACCGCAUUGGGAAGGUGAUACUUUAAAACACCAAAUUGCAAAAAGAGAUGGUGGUGUGGUGGGGGGGGGGGGGGG